AUGCCGAUCAACCCCACGCACCAGGAGAAGACCUCGAUCGCCAAGAAGACCAUUGUGGUCCUCAUGGGCAUCGUGCUCGUCUUCAGCAUCAUCGAGGGCGCCAUCACGGGCUACCUCGUCCACUCGUACAACAAGCACCACACGUACCCCUCGCACUCUAUCCGCGACCGUGUGCGCUUCCUCCUCUUCUGCUCGUGGUGGACCGUCGUCUGGGCCAUCGCCUACAUCACCUUCCACUUCACCGCCGCCGCCGGGUCCGUCAUUGGCGUCGUCCUCAACACGCUCGCCCUCGGCGCCACCUGGGUCUUCUGGCUCGGCGGCUCGGCUUCCCUGUCCGCUGCCAUGCGCCACCGCCACUACGGCAACACUGUCCACCACUCGCAGCUCCGCGCCGGCGAGGGCUUUGGCUGGGCCACCUGGAUCCUCCUCACCUUUGACAUGCUCGUUGCUCUCUACGUCGCCUUUGACACGUCGCGCAACGGCAGCCCCGCCAAGGAGGAGAACAUGCGCCAGAUCGAGAGCCCCGCUUAA